CCGCCCAGGCCAAGCCGCACAGCCUUGAUCUCGGCCAGCCAGCCCCACUGCUCCUGAUGCAGCCUGGCAGGAAGGACGCCAGCCUGGGGGAGAUUACUGAGAUGCCUUCUCUGAGGAAACCCUGGCACUCCAUGGCAAAGGUGCUCAUCCUGGGAUGCCUCUUCACCGGCUUCCUUCUGCUGUUCUAUGCCUACGUGGCCCCCCUGCAAGUCAGCAUGACUGAGCCCCCCGCUGAAACCUCGUGCUCUCCGCCGCCGCCGCCCGCCAACAGCAGCAGCGAGGGCUCCUGCCGGCCCAAGACGGACAUCGUGUUCAUGAAGACCCACAAGACCGCCAGCAGCACCCUGCUCAACAUCCUCUUCCGCUUCGGCCAGAAGCACAGCCUCAAGUUCGCCUUCCCCAGCGGAUACAACGACUUCAACUACCCGUCCUUCUUCAAGCGCAGCCUGGUGCACAACUACCAGCCCGGCGACUGCUUCAAUAUCAUCUGUAACCACAUGCGUUUCUCCUACUCUGAAGUGCAUAGCCUGGUGGCCCCCAACGCCACGUUCAUCACGGUGCUGCGCGACCCGGCCCACCUCUUCGAGUCGUCCUUCCACUACUUUGGGAUGGUGGUGCCCUUCACGUGGAAGCUCACGGGCCGCAACAAGCUGGCCAAGUUCCUGCAGGACCCCGCCCGCUACUACGACCCCAAAGGCUUCAAUGCCCACUACCUCCGCAACCUGCUCUUCUUCGACCUGGGCUACGACAGCGGGCUGGACCCUCGCAGCCCCCAGGUGGAGGAGCACAUCCUGGAGGUGGAGCAGAGGUUCCACCUGGUCAUGCUGCAGGAGUACUUCGACGAGUCCCUGGUGCUGCUCAAGGACCUCAUGUGCUGGGAGCUCGAGGACGUCCUCUACUUCAAGCUCAACGCCCGCCGGGCCUCCGCCGUCCCCCAGCUGACGGGCGAGCUCUACCGGCGGGCCACCGAGUGGAACCAGCUGGACGCGCGCCUCUACCGCCACUUCAACGCCAGCUUCUGGCGCAAGGUGGAGGCCUUCGGGCGGGAGCGCAUGGCCCGCGAGGUGGCCUCCCUGCGGCGGGAGAACGAGCGAAUGCGGCGCAUCUGCAUCGACGGCGGCCGGGCCGUGGACGCCGAGGCCAUCCAGGAGUCGUCCAUGCAGCCCUGGCAGCCGCUGGGCACCAAGACCAUCCUGGGCUACAACCUGAAGAAGCGGAUCAGCCAGCGGCACCAGCAGCUGUGCCGGAAGAUGCUGACCCCCGAGAUCCAGUACCUCAUCGACCUGGGGGUCAACCUGUGGGUCAUCAGGCUGCUCAAGUAUAUCAGGGAGUUCCUUCGGUGGUGACGGGCGGCCGCCCGGUCCUGGCCCGCCCUCUCUCGUGACUCUCUCGGCCUCCUUCAGUGCGCGCACCUGGGUCUCUCCUCUCAAGGACGGAGAUGGGAGGGUCCUCAGGGAGCCCACCUCGGCAAGACUGAGCAAGAUCUGACCUUGAACCGCGGAGCCUGCGGGCGGGCGAGGCCUGCAUCAGAGAGGGCCACGGCUGAGCCCUCAGACAACCGAGGCAGAAGGGACUGGGCGCGGGACACCGUUAACCAAGAGUAGUGUUGGACUAAUUGUACGUUUUUUAUUUAAAAAGAUAAAAGAAAAAAAGGGAAAAAAGAGAAUGUUCCGUAUUUCCCCCCUGCCCCUUGUGUAGGGGCAGCCUUUGAAGCAAAGGAGUUUGUUCUUUGUGUUUGUUCAGAGCUCUCCCUCGUCACUGGUGAGGGCUGGGGCACAAUAGGAAAUGCUGAUGUAGCCUCUGGAGA